AUGAGUACAGACUUCAACAAACUCCUUUUUGACAUUUCUGAGGCUUUGGUCACAGAUGAGCUGGCAGCUCUGAAGUUUCUCAGCCUGGAGCACAUCCCCAUGAGGAAGCUGGAAGCCAUUCAGGAGCCCAAGGCCUUCUUUGAAGCGCUGCAGGAGAAAGGCAUGAUCGAGGUGGGGAGCCUGUCCUUCCUGAAGGAGCUGCUCUACCGGAUCAAUCGGAUGGACCUUCUGGCUGCCCAGCUGGGCUCCAGCCGAGAGGAGAUGGAGAGCGAGCUUCAGAUCCCAGGCAGGGCAAAGGUGUCAGCCUACAGGCAACUGCUAUAUGGAAUUGCAGAGGACUUGACUCCAGAAGAUGUCAAGAGCAUGAAGUUCCUGCUCCAAAAACAAAUACCAAAGAACAAGCUCCAGGAUAAUGCUUCAAUGUUGAAGGUCUUUCUGGAAAUGGAAAGAAAGGGGAUAAUUAAAGAAGAUGACCUGGCAAUGCUGAAAGAUACAUUAAAGGGAUUUAGAGCUGACAUAAAGAAAAAAAUUGAUACCUAUGAAGAAAAAAAGAAAGAAAAUGAUUCUAAGCAAGAAAUCCCCUAUCCAGUGGCUGUGUCUGUGCAUCCAGCAGGACAAGGAGCAGAGAGGGAGAUACCACGCUUGGUUGUGGAAUCAUACAAGAUGAAAAAUAACCCCCAUGGUUAUUGUGUGAUUCUUAACAACUACAUUUUUAAAAAUCCAUAUGAAGCCAGAGAAGGAACAGUGAAAGAUGGAGAGGCUGUGAAGAGGGUGUUUAAGUGGCUUCAGUUUGAGACAGUUGAGCACAUGGAUCUAGAAGCGAAGCAAAUGUAUGCAAAAGUUAAAGAAUACAGCAAAAAAGAUCAUAGUAACAUGGACUGUUUUGUUUGCUUCAUUUUUUCCCAUGGUGAAAAAGACAAAAUAAAAGGUGUUGAUCAUGAGUUUGUAAAUAUAAAAGAUUUACUCUCCUGCUUCAGUGGAUCUAAUUGUCCUUCUCUUGCUGGCAAACCCAAGCUGUUUUUCAUCCAGGCUUGCCAAGGCUCUGUAGGUCAUCCAGUUGUCACAGUGAAAGAAGACUUUUCUGACCACCUUGAGACGGAUGCUACCCCUCUGACUUCCAUUCCUGAUCAGGCUGAUAUUCUUGUUGGCAUGGCUACGGUGGAAGACUAUGAGUGCUACCGCUGUACAAAGACUGGCAGUGUUUACGUUCAAUGCCUCUGUGACAAGAUGGAGUUGCUUUGCCCACUGCACAAGGAUCUCAUAACCAUCCUGACAGAAGUGAACAAGGAGGUGGGAGGAAGAGUAUUAAAUGGAUGGAAGCAGAUGCCAAAGAUAACGUCAACCCUACGGAAGCAAUUGAUCUUCCAAAUUCCACAAUGCCAGUCAACUGAAAAGUAG